GGCAUUUUCGUGAUAUUCGUGGACAGAAACCUGAAAGUUGCAGGUUUGAGCCCGUCCAAAUCUGAAGUUGCCCAUCAAGGAAGUGCCAAAGUGUUCCCGCCCUUUGUCCUCACUCACAACCUGGAUGUCUACUGGCAGCGCUACUGCGCCGAGUUGAAUCUGGCCGACGCUGAAGUUGCUGCGUACAAGCGCGUCGUGAUCCAAGACGAUCGAGAUGAAUCUCUGAAGUCGUUGCAGACGAUGGGGCGCCCACUGUGGGGAAGUUCACUCUACGCCAAACUUGAAAUCGAUCGCACACAAUUUACUCACGACUCGACAUCUGGAGUCAUCUGGAGGUCAAUGGAGGAUAUGAUAAAACUGGGGGCGGGCAAGUUGCUGGCAGGGCAGUACAUGUGGAGCGACAGGAGCUACAGCGAUGCGUCAAUGUUUGGCGUUGCUGCGAUGUUUUGUCGCUUGGGGGUGCAGUUUGAAAGUGGCUACGUACAUGGCCCCUUCCUCGCAUCGCAUUUGAUGGCGACGCUAUCGUGCACAAGUCGAGAUGGCACAGAGGAGUUGGUUGGCUAUUCCUCGGAUCUGAUGCUGGCACUAAGCGCGGCCCACGUUUGGUACGGGCAUGAAUACGACAGUAAAGGGUGA